AGAGCCCCUCGUCGCACCGCGCGUAAGAAGGGCUCUGGGUACGAGAAUGAUAGAGCAGAUGCAUUGUCCAGUCGUAGGUGUGAGAUCAGUUGGCCAGGCUUACCUAAAAAUUAUCAUACAAUUAUUACAAUGUAUUUUAAAUUUAUUUUAGAUCUUCCACAAGUACUACAGACACCUGUACAGACGAUGCAAUCUUCAAAUAUCUUUCCACCGGUGGGAAAUGUUGCUGAACCGUUUGUUAACUUGAGGUAUGCGAUUUCCUGGUUUUAAAUGUGGCCAUAGUCAAUCACGAUACAAGAUAGUCGGGAAACUCCGCGGAAAUCUUUGUUCUAUCUUCCUCGCACCUACUAAAAUAGGAGUCAAUGACACAUGUCUGCUUCAUGUAUUGUUAUUACAUGAUCAAAAAUACUUCGAAGUUCCGAAGUAGUUAGGCCAAACCUUUACAAGAAUCAUACAGCAUUGAAAUAAGGGACCGGUCAUAAAGUAACUGCUAGGGUGGGCUGGAGUGAUUUGGGAUGGGCCAUGGAAAAUCUUUGGGCAGUUUCGAUGGGUCGCAAAUUUUUCCGUAUGUCCACGGUUGGGCCACCAAACAAAAACCCAUGCAUGUCUACUUCGAAAAAUAAAGAUAUUAAUAGUCAAAGUAAACAAAACUAUAUCCAAAUUAUCAAAUGCAAAUGAUGCUAUUGAUGCCAGUAUUCUGUUUAUACAACAAGAAGUGGCCGAAUCAUAGCAAAUACAACCAACUGGAGAGCAGCUCAGUAUCAAUGUGUUGGUCAAACUUGGUGGAAUUAUGUAUGUCAAUACAGUGCCGUGUAUAUUUACAAUGUUCAUACCUGCAAGUUUUUUAUUAUAAAAGUAUAUUUUUCCAAUUCAGAUUGGGUGGGUCAUGAAAAUUUUUUUGUAACAUUAGAUGGGCUUUGAAAUUUUUAUCUACAUCUUAAGAUGGGUCACCAAACUUAUUGGCAAAAUUUGUGAUUUACCUCCAGCCCACCCUAGCAGUUACUUUAUGACCAGUCCCUAAACUCAGGAAAUUUCUGAAUUUGAAAUCAGGCGCAGAUCACGGUGGUUGCGGGCCAAUAUUUUGGGAUGGGUACUAUGUAGUAUUUAAAACACGAGAAGGAGUGUUUUAUCAUAUUUAAAACGCGAGGCGCAGCCGAGCGUUUUAGAUAUGAUAAAACGCGAGUUCGAGUGUUUUGAAUAGCUUAAAAUACGACUACAAAAGAAUGCUAAUUAGGAUGAACAAUUAUAUAAUCAUACUAAUUAGGAUGAACAAUUAUAUAAAGAAUACUAAUCAAGAUGAGUUUUAUCAGACAUAAAGUCACUCUACGUGACAUAUAUAUUAUGGCUGACAUGAUUUGCCACAAGGUUUAUGAAUUUUUAAUGAGUAUUUUAAAUGUAUGUACAGUAUAGUGUUGUUGUAGCAUUACAUUCCCUUUAAGUUAUUACAUAUUUACAUAUUUAGAUGGAAGUGGUUAUUGGAUAGAUUGUCAUCCUUUAAAGAGCACGAUGUAUUUCUAAAAGUGAGAGACAUGUACACGUUUAAAAUAGUUGAAUGUCGUGGAAAGAUAAAUUAUCUUAGUGAAAAUAUCUCAAAAUUGACCUAAAAGAAAAAUUGAUCUAAAAACAUGGAUCUAACUGUUAAGAUCUAACCAGGAACGGUUGUUGAACACUAUGUCCUCUGGCAGGACUCGAACCUGCGGCCCUGGGAUUCCGGUGCAGCACUCUAACCAACUGAGAUACAAAGAGUGGUUAGGUCUAUCACGCAACCUACAGAAAAUUCAGUUAUCUGCUAGCAGAUAACUGAGUUAUCUGCAAAUGUGCCUGCGAUGAUUAGCAAGCGGUAUCUAUUUAACACGAACAAAUGUAUAAUAAAACAAUUAUUGAAUUCGGUUUUGGCGAUAUGCAAAAUUAUCAAGAUCUCGGUAAGCGUUAUCAGCCUCGACCUUGAUAAUUCCGCAUAUCACAAAAACCUCAUCCAAUAAUUGUUAAAUAUAAUUAAAAUACUCAGCCAUAAACAUCAUCUUCAUCAUAAAACUCAUCUUCAUCAGUAUUCUUAUAUAAUUGUUCAUCCUAAUUAGUAUGAUUAUAUAAUUGUUCAUCCUAAUUAGUAUUCUUUUGUAGUCGUAUUUUUAAGCUAUUUAAAACACUCGAACUCGCGUUUUAAAUACUGCUAAAUGUAAUAACUGAGCUACAGGGGCUUGUUGUCGAGCUGUAACCGCAAGUACAUGUAUAUAGAUUCACGGGUGUGCGGGUUGUGAUAAGGUGACUUGAAAGGUGUUUUCUGCACUUCACUUGGUUGAACUAGAAUGCUGGGUUUGGUGGAUAAUCUAAUUGAGCAUAUAAUAUACCCACAAUUGUAUGUACUAUUUAAAGCACGCGUAGAAGUGUUUUGUCACAUAUAAAACACGACGCGUAGGCUAGCGGAGUGUUUUAUAUGUGAUAAAACACGACUACAAGUGCUUUAAAUGGCUUCAAAAACGACUCAUCUUAUACGAGUUCAUUGGCGAAGUAAUUUUUAAAAUAAACUUUGUCUAAACCGAGAAAAUCAAAGCUAAAGUUUAUGUAAAUUAACAUGAUUUUUUAUCACAUAUAAAACCACGACACGCUUAUGAUUUUUCUUUGUGUUUUCCUCCUGAAUUAUUAAUGAGUUUUUGAAAUAUGUAUAUAUACAUGCGCACUUGGAUUAUUCACCAAACCCAGCAUUCUAGUUGAACCAAGUGAAGUGCAAAAACAAGUCUCUAUAUCAUACACCACAUUACAUAUGGACUAAUAAACUUUCUUUCUGCCCAAAAGAAAGCCUUUCUUAGUUUAAUCUUGUCUAUCUGCAGUUUUUUUUUGUGUUUUUGUCACUAUACCUACGCUGGCACAGUCUGGUUGAGUUCACAUAUAACAUAGCCGCUCAUGUUGCAAGCAAGCUAAUUUUUCGUUGCCACAGCUUUAAAGAAUGUCUUCAAUUUAAUAUAUCUUGGUAACUAGGUUCUGAUAUUAAAUGUUUUUUAUACUGGCCGCAGCCAGUGUCAUAGAAUGGUCUUUCUGUUUUUCGGGGAUUUUUUUUUGGUUGUUGCAAGCGUGACUUUCCAUUGUGGCAUCGUGCGCUCAGGAUUUCGCAAUUUAGCUAAAAAUGUUCAGGUGAUUACGACAUGGGUUAGGGUUAGGAUUGGAAUUAGGACUAGUUCUACACAAUGCAACCUAGCCUGCAAACAGACUCACUGGGAGAAAGGUGAGCCUGCACGGAACCAUGCGUUUUAUUCAAUCAUCCCCUUUUCGCAUCUGCUAAACGCGAACCAAUCGGCGUCGACUGCGAUAAAUAAACUGUCAACUGUCAAAUUGACGCAAGGCAUGUACAUUGUGCAACGAAGAAAUACUGAAUAUUAAAAUGUAUACAUAAUGUAUAUAUGAAGAAUAAUACAAAGCAUUAGCGGGCCGCACAAUAUAUUACUCGGAAAAAUAUAGAAUUCUUCAAAUAUUAAAUAGAUAUCAAUACACAUACAAAUAUAAAACCGAAUAAAAUACUACCAUUGGCAUUGAAUGUACAGUAAUACUUGUACUAUGGUGCGACUGAAAGAACAAUGUUCUGAAUAUUUGAAGCUAAUACUAAAAUACGGUCAGAUAGAUUGGGAUUUGGAAUACCGAAUACGUCUAAAAUUUUACUAACUGUGGUCUAAAUAAAUGAUAAAUGAGCAUGCAUGUAUUUAUUAAUUUCUUCGAAAUCACGAGUGUGCCAAUAGUGGAAGCCGUAUCAACGACGAAAUUGUCAGCAGUUUAUACAGUAUUAAAAUAGUACAACGUUUAAUGUACGAUAUAUAUUUAUCUAAAUGACAUGCCAGCGAGGAUCAACAAUAUAAUUAUUCGUACAUAUUUGGGUAUCUUUUGUAUGCCUUCGCUUGCUGACUUGCUCACUAUUAAUGAGAAUAAUCCGUGAAGCCACGACGACCUCAAAAUGUAUUAUACUAUAGUCUGAUGUCAAUCCGAAGACGAAGUUCAGAAUACUGUUAUAGUUUCGUGUAUUGGAUUUAAGCGAUAGAUUCAAGUCAUUUAUGAUAGACUUUUUUGCUGUGAUGCUUUGCUAUUGCUUUUGGUUUCCAUUUCUAGUUUUAUUUGUUCGAUAGUCUUAUAAUAUAUAAUAUUAAAAUGAAUAAAGUUCAAAUCAAAUUCUUCAAAAUGCUGUUGUUGACAUUUGCUAUUUUUAGUAAUUUUGUCAACGAGUGUAAGCCAAUCAGAAGCCUGCGUUUCUAUACGAACGCCACUACCAAGAAAAGCUAUAGUUCCGUGCAGGCCCUCUAUUCUUCGCGCCGCCCGUAACCCAGGGCCUGUUCGCAGGCUAAAUGUAACCAGAACGAUUUUCGUAUUUAACAACGUAGACGCUGGGACGUAUUUUAUUGUAUUUCAUUGCGCAUGCGCUUGAACUUUUUCUGUGUUUUUCGAUAAGAUAUCGCUGACCUCUAUUGAUUUUGUAUGGAUUUUUAUUGUGCCGUCCUCUGAAUGUUUGUGAUCAUGAAGUGACGGCCGUCAAGAAGUGAGGAACAUUCUAUAUAUUUCAAAUUAUUUUUUAGGAUAUUGCGAUGGUAUUUUACCAACCGCGAAGGCCAGUGUGAACGCCUGAGCAGGCGUCUUGUUCUAGUUAAAAUGAUGUUGCAUGUGAACUAUUUAUAAGCUACUAGCUAAAUGCAAAUUAUAUACAUGUGUAGGCGAGGUUAAAUAUUAGGAUUUUUUUGCAUUCCACUCGAUUGAAGGCUUUUGUAAAUGGAAUUUUUGAGUGUCAAUUUCAUACAUUUAUUUAGACAUAACUAGUUGCAAUAUGCAAGGGCCUAUAGUUGACAAUAAAAGUAAAAGACGAGUCAUAUAUACAGUAGAAGAAACGUGUAUUUAAUUUUGUAGAGCUACUGUUGGUCCGGAAUUCCUUGCAAGAAUUCAUGAACAGCGAACGUCGGCUAGUGCUUUGGAAAUGGCAAAUCAUAAUGAUAAUCAUGUUAGCACUGAUGAUAACGAUACGGAGUUGCCAGAAGAUAUCAAACCAACUUACAAUUAA